AUGAUAUGGUCACCGCAAAGGAAUUGUAGAGUUGGAUCGAUGACGACCGAAGUGAUGGGUCAACAAAUGUCACCCGUGCUAGGUACGGCCGUCGGUUAAUUAUUGCCGGAACAAGGGCAAAAUCAAAAUUAACUCGAAAAUUAAGAACCUCAGUAAAUGUACCGCAAUAACCGAAAAUAGACGGCUAUAAGACCUGUUUGGAUUUGAAUAGUACUUACGCAACGUCCGGUUCGAUGGAAACGGAUGAAAAAUUCUUCAACGAUCAAACCAAAUUAUCACUUUCUGGAAGUCUGGUCUGCCAACGUCGGCGGCGGAAGCGUAUAAACAAAAAUGUUACGAUAUUAUCAACACUAGGAGCGGCGGCUGAGAAAAACAGUUAUGUCCCUGUCACAUACACAAACCAUACAUACAAACACGCACACACACAUACACCCAAACACAUUUAAUAUUAUAUUUUUUUAUCACAAUAAACAACACUAUCAGUGCGUAUAACGUAUUACCCCAGUUUGACCAACAUUAACAUUAUGCUAACCGAGAACAUUCUGGAUCAACGAAUGCGGUACGCCCUCCCACCAAGUGCUUGAUGAAGUUCAAGAUUUUUCGUUUGUCGUCCGCCAUGUGGUAGCAUCACAGAUUAUAAGCAAAUUAUUUAUUAUCUAUUAAAAGUUCGCACUGUGCACGUUAUCGACACUGUGUAGUGUCGCCAUCCGUUAUCUUCUGGUUCAAAUUUUGAUUUCUCAUUCCAAUUUUUAUCCAUUUCUCAUGGUGUUAUCCCUUUCUUCCCCGCACUGGCCGCACUACCAUAGUACCAUUAAAAACCCCUAGUAAAACAAAUGAUAAUUUAUUAUUAAUUACUUUUAUGAAAACCGUAAUUUUCAAUUUUGUUUUGUUUUUUAACUACGCUUCAAACCCAGUUUUGUCAUUAUAUGCAGUCUCAGAUUACGACAAUUCAUUCGUUGUGAUGACGUAGAUUAAGUGUCUUCAUAAAGGUCUAAAAAACCCCUUAAACAUUUAAAGGUGUAAAUCAUCAGCUUAGUUUAAACUCGGCGUUUAUGAAUUAAAAUUAAUAUUAUUUAAUAAUACCUUCUUGUGUUAGUAUUUUUAAUUUUAUGGGUAAUCAUUCUUAAAUACUUAUAUUAUUAUUAUUAUUUAUUAAAAAUGUUAGAUUAUCCUCAAGUCUAUCUUAUGAAUGUAUUUUCUAUUAUAAAAACAAUGACAUGCUCAAGUCUAUAUAAUGUUAAUAUUACAUUUUGUUGUUAUAUAGGUAUCAUAUAUAUCUAUUGUGGUAUUUAUUUAUUUUUUUGUACUUUCGAGUGAGUAGUAUUAAGAUUCAGUUUACCAAAAUGAUCAGAUUACAAAUGAAGUAUUUAUUUCUACUUGAUAAUAGUUUUGAAUACUAUCUAACACAAAUAUAAAUUAGACAAUAUGCUUAAUUAUUUAUGAAUUAUUAACAUAUUUUGAAUAUUUUAUAUUUUUUCAAUUUGUUGCAAUUUAUAUGAAUUGUACUAAUUAGUUAUUACAUAAUAUUGCCAUUAUUUCUAAAAAGUAUUUUCAUUUAAACUAAGAUAUUGAUCUAAAAUUUAAUUAACAUAAGGUUGAAAUUUAAUACAUUUUUAUUUUUACAAUUUUUAUAAUGUAAUACAAAUAUGAUGAUUUCACCAAAAUCUAGUUCAAGUUCUAAGACAAUAAUGCCUAAUGUUUUGAUAUUACAUAGUUAAUUAAUAAUAAAUUAUAUAUGUUUAGGUAAAAUGUUGGCAUCUUGUUCAAUAUGUGGUGAUGUUUUCACUGGGAUUCAUCCUGAAUCUGUUCAUACAACACCUUGUGGUCAUGUAUUUCAUUUUGAAUGUCUCAUGACAUGGAUUGAAAGGUAAAAUUAACUUACACAUUUAAUCAUUUUGUGUUUUGGGUACCAGUCUGGACCAUUUAUUAAAGAACUUUUUCAAUAAUUUUUAGCGAUUCUUAAUUUCCUAAUAACCGGUAUUAACCAGUUUUUAAUUACUGUUAAUAUGAAAUGAAAACACUGAAUACAGAACUGCAUCUUUUAUCAAUCUUUCUUAGAAUUGCUCACUUUUUCUCAAUUUAUUCAAUUUUAGCUUUUUAUUUUUUAUUCCUUUCUAAUAAUAUGUAUAAUGUUAUAAGGUAUUAUAGACAUAUUUUUUUUUUUUUUUGCCUAAGGCAUUUAAUUUUAGCUAUCAACAUCUGUUAAUCUAAUAUUAAGAAAAACAAAUUAUACUUCUACUACUUCACUUUAUCCAACAAAUGACAAACUAAUAUAAUCAUGUUCUAACUUAAACAUACAUGUUGGCGUUUAGAUUGAAAUUGGAAUUAAAUAAAAAUAAUUAAUAAUUGAUUUUUUUACGUUCUACUAUUUGUUUUUAAACUCCAAUUUCAACCUGAAUAUCAUAAUUAAUGUUUAAAUAAUGUGGUUUUACUAUGCUGUCCGUUAGUUAGUCUAAGACAGUAGACGGAGAACACCACUCUCUAGUGUCAUUUUAACACCAAUAGUGUUUCAAAAGGUAUAUAGCAAAUACCUAUUUACCAUUUAGUAAAAUAUUAUAUACCUAUAAAUAGUACAAAUCAAGCAAUCUCUAUUAUGAAUAAUUAUUUAUUAUAAGACAUUUAUUAAUUAUCUAUAAGUAUUAAGUUAGAAUUGUUGAACAAAUAGAUUAAAUCUUCUACUCUUUCACCUUUAUCUUAACUAUUUGAGUUUGGCCAUCUUCAUUCUAAACUUUCACUCAACCACUUCGCAUACACAAGGUGUCCUCAUAUUCUCAAUAGUAUCUAACCACCUUUUUUUGAUCUCACUGGUUCACAUCCUCAAGAAAGCCACUUAUUAUUGUUAGCUGUCUUGUAUUGUUCCUUCAAACUCAUAGUAUGUUUACUUCUACUUAUACUUAAUAGUGCAUUUUCUUCAAGUGCUUCUCUCCAUUCCUCAACCUUAUUGUGAAAUUAUUCCGGAUUUUCUUCUAUCAAAGCUAUACCAUCUGUAAACAGCAUGCACUAUGUUACUUCCCCUCACUUAUUGCCCCUGUACAUAUCUGAAAUGGAAAACCUUGUUUAAACUUUAUCAAACUGUUCGACAGAAUUUUGGCACUGGCUGUCUACCUGACACAAUCCCAUAUAUUGCUUCUUACAACAGAUAGAGAUACCUACUGUUACCUAACUUACCAUGGAAGUCAUUCAAUAUUUGUUUGUAAGAGGUCUUGAAAAACAAUAUAUAUUUCAAAGGUAUCUAUUAUUAGAUACUAAUUUUUUAAAUGACAUUUUAUUGAAAUUAUAUUAGUGUUUGGUAGACGCCCCUCUCCCCCAUAAACCCAUCACUAUGAGAAUAUUUUUGUCCCCUCCUCCAAGAAGAAUAUCAUAAGAAACUAAUAUAUAUAUUUAUUUUUGAAGUUUUUGUGCACUGUUUUUAAUUAUUAUUUUUAGUUAUAUAAAAUUGUUUAAUUUUUGAGCGUGUAUAUUUCUUUAAUAUUUAAAUAAUACUUGUAAUUUUAAUUAUAUAUUUUUAACUUUAGAUCAAAAACAUGUCCACACUGCCGCUCAAAAGUGACAGAAAAGCAAGUUAUUAAAUUAUAUUUUCAUAACAAUUCAAAUUUAAGUAUAAAAGAAGACAUAUCUUCACUGACACACCAGGUACAAAACCUUACAUUUCAAAAUACUCUCAAGGACCAAGAGAUAAAUAACUUAUUAAAGGAAACCAAAAAGGAAAAAGAACAAUUGAUUUCAUUAAAGUAAAAUUAAUAAAUUAAUAAUUUGCUAUAUUUUAUGAAAUAAAUAAUAAAUAAUAUUUAUAGGAAACAUAUUAAAGAGGCAGAAGACAAAUUACGAAGCCAUCAAACAAUUGUUUCUAGUUUGCAAGAAAAUAUUCGUUUCCUAAAAUCUGAAUGCAAAAAAUCAACUUGUUAUAAACUUGAAGCUGAAGAAUUAAAAAAAAACUUACAAAAAUAUCAAUCGUAAGAUACAAUAAAUUUUUUUAGAUUUUGAUCUCUACGUUUUUAUAAUAUUUCAUUGAGUAACAGUUAAUUUUUAAUUACCUAUAUAAAAAACAUAUAUUUUAAAAAGGAUAUUCCGAAUAUUUAAAUUAGUAUUGUGAAAAUUUUAUAAAAUUCAAAGAACUUACAGAAUUUGAAUUUUUUAUUCUAUUCAGGAUGGUUUUUCUAAUAAAAUGAUUGUUGCUUAAAAAAAAAAUUAACCCUUAAAUAUCCUACAGUUUUGAUUUUUAAAUUUUUAAUAGUUACAUGUUUAAUUUAAUUUAUAGAAUAAACAAAAUAUUAUAUGGAUCACCUGCAGAUUCUCAAGAAGCAGUAAGUUUGUUAAAGAAAAAGACUGAUAUUCAAACUUUAUGUUUGCUUAUAACCUCUUUUAAAAGGUAAAAUAUAGAUAAAUAUAAAUUAUAAAAGCAAUUUAAUUUAUUAUUUAUUAUUUUUAGAGAAAUCCUUACUUUAAAAGACAGUAAUAAUGAUUUGGAAAAAAAAUUUUCACUUCGUAUCUCCAAGUAUAUGGAACUUAAGAGACUAGUGUCUGAUUUAAAUUCAAAAGAAUCUAUGAAUAUACGAGUAAUGGAGUAUGUAAUUUUCAUACUAAUAUUUUUAUUUUGUUUUUUAUGUACUUAUUAUUUAUAGUAUGUUAUUUGGAUUAUGAAAUAUUUAAAAUACAUAAAUAUUACAUACAAAAAUUUAACUGUUAUAUUAUUUCCUUACUAAUAGUGAUUUGUAGAAUAGUAUACAGUAUACUUUUAUUAUAUAAUAUUAUGUACAUAAUAAUGUACCUAUUUAUACAAAGUGACCAAUAUAACAUAAUAAAAUAUGUAUUUUUUUGAAAUUCAAGGAACAAGCCACUCUAAAAUAUUACAUUACCCUUAUUUUUGGGGUCGGAACUGUUUUAAAAUGUCAUGUAGUGGAUUAUAAUUUUGUAUUGUAUGAUCAGUUAAUAGUAUUUUGAUAUUUACCUUUAAUAGUCAGUAUACCUAGAAUUUGGCAAUUGAAUCUAUCGUAUUAACCUAUUUUUUAUAAAGCUUUUAAUUAAGGAAAUUUUUUUUUUUACUUAUACUGUAUUUAUGUUGAUCUUUUUUUUUUUUAUUGAGAAUAAUGAAAUAUUUAUUUUAAAUUCUAUGCAGAGCAAGGAAUGUAUUUGUUUAUUAUAAUUUUACUUUUUUCUCUGAUAAAUUGUCUUUAAUUUUGCAUUUUGGAAAUUAUUAUUGUAAAUUCCUUAGAUUUUCACUCAUUAUGAAGAAUAAACAACUAAUAUAAUAAAACUGGGUUUUGCUUUUUGUUGUAAUUUAGUUAGAAAUAAUCAUAAAGACCUGUAAUUUUCACCAAGUGCUAAAAUUAAUAUUUUCUAAAAUUCUAUCAUUUUUUUUCGGCUCAUAAAAAUAAAUGAGUUUUAUUAUUUAAAGUACAAACGAUUUUUAAUUCAAGUUUAAUCAAGUUCAUAGCUGUAUUUUGUUUGCAAUGAGUUAAUACUGCAUUUUUGAUUUUAAUUGUAUUAUCUUGUUUCAAUUUUCCACCGUACAUAUACAACAGUGGUUUUCAAAGAAUAAUAUUAUAUAAUACUAAUCUAUACGAGGACCAAAGAGAUAGUUAGAAUUGUGGUUUACACGCUUGGUUUAGGUAAAAUUAAAUUUGAUAUUUGUAAAUCUUAAAUUAAAUUAUGAUUAAAGCUUUAACCAUAACACAUUAUUUUAUUGUUUUCAAAAUGAAAUAUAUUAUGACUAACAUUUUUUUUUUUUUUGUAAACUAGUCACCUCAUUUUAAUUAAAUAAGUUUUAGUAUAGAUAUGCGAUAGCUUCUCUUAAUUCAUUUUGUUCAAUAAUUGAAUAUUUGUGAAGCUAGAAUUCCUAAGUUUUAAUUUGACCAUCCAGAAUAGGGGCACUAAGGCUGUUAUUAUAAACUAUCAGCACACUUCUAUUAAUUUAAUAAACUUUUAAUUAAUAAUUAUAAAUAAAUGUAUAAUGUGUUGUAUAUUUAUAGUUAUUAUUUUUUAGGAAAUUGAAAUCAGAAAUUUCUGACCUUGAAGCAGAAAUUGUUAGACUCAAAAAAAAAUGUGAGCAUUUAGAGUCUAUUCAAGCAAAUGAUAAUACUCCAAGAAGAAAUGAAAUACGUAAAAGACUAAUACAUGAAAGUCCAGCUCCUGAAAUGUUAAAUACACCAGUUCUAGAAGAAGUACAUAAAGUGGUAUACUUAUUAAUUUUUGUAAUAUAUUUAAACAUUACUGUGAGAAUACUUGCAAUAAAUCACUGUAAGACCUAAUCAAUAGCAUGGAAAAUAAAUAUAUUUUAAUCCCUAAAAUAUUAGUUUACACAAAUUAUUUGUUUGUUUUUUUAGGAUUCAAUGUCAACUGUGCAUUCUCUAGAAAAUGCAGUUACCAGUUCAUCACAGUUAAAUGGACAAUUAAAGCCAUAUAAUUUAAAUAAUAAAACUGAAGAAACAUUAUCUCAAUGUGUAAAUAUAAUUAUCUAAAAAAAAAAAACUUCCUAUUUUAAAUUAAAUUGUAUAUAAUUUAAUAACUUAUCACUUUGUUAUUUUAUUUAGGUGAGUACAUUUAUGCCUAAAAGCCCUCGACGACCAGUUGGGCUAAUAAGAAAACCAGUAACUACAAAAUUUAUAAGUACUAAUUAUGCAGCAUCAAAAUCUAUAGAUUCAAUGAGUAGUUCAGAAGAAGAAAUGUACGAUGGACUUGGUGGUCGAUCAAAACCAGAUACCUAUCCUAGUCCUCGUCUGAAACCUUUAACUAAAAAGCGGAAAUUGGUUGCUAAUUUAAAAAAAAAAAAACCAGCUCCAAUUGGUAAUAAAACUUUGGAUAGUUUUUUAUCUGCUGAAAUUCUUUAAUGUUGUAUAAUGAUAAUAAUAAUAAUAAUUCUAUUCUUACUAACUACAAAUAUAAUAUACAAAUAAUUUUCAUAUAGUAUUCAAAUCUUAAUUAAUAUUACAAUUCCUAUAAAUAAUUCAAUGCAAUUAUUUUUUUUUAAUUAUAUGUGUUGUAUUAAUAAAUUACUAUUAUUAAGAAUUAAGGGUAUGAAAUAUUGAGUUUUAAAUUUGUAUGCAUAAAAUGUUCAUUAAUAAUAUAAAUACUAUUGUUGACUUGACAAGACGACCUUGUGAUACUUUUGUACUAGGCUCCUAUAAAACGAA